AUGACGGCGCAACAACCUUUGCCACGAAGAAAAAGAUUUAUACCUAAAUACGACGUAGAUGGUGUUCACAAAGUAAUAUUAGGUGAAGAAACACAACUUCAAAUUGAAAUGGUGAUUGGAACUCACGUUAACGCUCAGUAUCCUUGGAAACUAGUGAGUAAAGCAAAAAUAAUGGAAACUAUUGAAAUGGGAGGGGAAAUAUCAGAGUUCUACCCUAUUAAGGAAUACUUGGAAGUUUUUCCAGGCGAGGAAAUCUUUAUGGGGUAUAUUGUUGAUGAAACAAAAAAUGUUGACGAAUUUUAUGUUUGUUGUACUAUCGAUGCAAUGAAUCAUUGUAAGCAGCAGUCAGAUAGGUUUAUAAAACGACAAGAAAAGAAAUUAGAAAAAUCUGUACAAAAGAAACCUAGACCAUGGAAAAGCCUUGGUAGCGACAAAGAACUAAAGGCAUUAAUUCCUAUUAAUAAGAGACCUUUGCAAGAAGUCGAAAUAAAAAUUAGAUAUCCUAAAGCAUAUCAGCCUGAAAAGUUUAAGGUUAGGGAUACGAAUUCAGUCCGAGAUGGUUUUAUUGAAUUGACACCAUAUAGACAGAAGUUUAAUAAUGUUUUCCGUCGUAGAAUUGACUGUGCCUCACAAAUAACACCGGCUAUGGUGCAUAAUUAUGCUCAAACAGAAUUGAAGUAUCCAAAAAACAUGUGGACCCAGUCUGCUGCAGAUGCCUUAGGUGAAACUACAGCUGAUGGUGAGACUGGAAAUAAAGAAGACGCACAAAAAGCAUUGGAACAAAAUUCUGAUGAUGAUGAGGAAGAGGAGAAAGUAAAAUCAGAUGAUGUCGAAUUACAAGCUUAUAGAAACGCUAUGAUUCGUAUGAGGCGUCCAUCUUAUAUAAAAAUGUUAAAUAACUAUAUGAGUAUUAAGGAAAAGGAGAUGACAUCAAUAAUUGAAUUAAAUACGGUGAUGGAUAUGUACUGCAAUGAUUAUCCAAAUUUGGUAUCUGAGAAAAUAGUCGAUACUUAUGACACAAUGACAUUUGAUGAAUAUGUUUGCUUCACAGAUGUAAGGGCAAAAGAUAAGUAUGUGUCAAGUGCAGUAUUUCAUCCUAUGUGGUCAGGUAUAGUAGCUAUAUGUUAUGCUGAUGGAUCGUCAACGGUUAUGAAAACAUUAAGUUCUCGUGCCGAUCCAAUCCAAAGAGCUGUGUAUGGAAUAAAUCCUGUACUAAUUUGGAGUCAUAUAGACAGCUUGCUCCCGAAAUUAUUUCUAGAAGCACCUCGUGAGGUAAAAGUUCUUUCAUUUUGUCCGUUUAAUGAAAAUAUCUUAUUGGGUGGUUGUAUUAAUGGGCAAGUGAUUGUAUGGGAUAUUUGCAAUAAACUUGAAAAUGUUGAAAAAAUUGAAGUUUUAAGCGAAACAAGAGAGAAAUAUCGAAUUGCAAUGAAUGCUCACAUGGGAUGGAUGAAAAAUGUUCACGAUAGUGCUGUUGUCCAAACAACUGCUUUAAGCAAUUUAAUGACAAGUCAUUAUGGUCCUAUUACAUCGAUUAAUUGGCUUUCUCCAAACUUUACUGUUACACCGACCGGCAAAUCGGAAUUGUUACGUGAUAAGUCAUCUUUAAUGUUUUUCACUGGAUCAGAGGAUGGAGUUAUAUUAAUUUGGAAUUUGUCUGUUGAAAAUGUCACACAAUUUGAGGGAAAAAAAGUUAAAAAGUCGAAAAGAGUACCAAUCAGACCAGCAGGUCUUCUUGUUGAUGAAUCACAAUUCAAAGUAUUGGAUAGAGUCUUACAGCCUUGUUAUAAGCUUAUUCUUGGUACAGCUGGCGAGCCUUAUACAUUACCACUGCAAAGUUUUGGUAUGAACAGCCCAUUAAUAAAAUACAUUUAUACGCCUCGGAAUACUGGUACAGGAAGAAAGUACUUUAGAUGUGAAAAAAUUAAGCAAUGCGAGGAGGACAUGAAUAAUAUUUUAUAUUGUGGAUCUCAACAUGGUGAGCUGAUUCGAACAACUUGGGAAGGUCACGAAUUCAAUACAGGUGAAGUUGUAAACUCCGAAUAUGGAAAUAUACAUUUUAGUUGUUGUAUACAUGAUGGAAUUAUCGCGUCAACACAAAAGAAUCCGUUUCUAACCCACAUUACUUUGACAGUUGGUGGAAAAAUUUUAGCAAUUUGGUCAGACAAAUUAACCCACAAACCGCUGAUUUGGAAAAAGAGACCUUAUCGACUAACUUCUGGAGUGUGGUCAUUAUAUAAACCAAGUUUGUUUUUUAUAACUACUUCCGAAGGUGACUUAGAAAUCUGGGAUUUAUUAUUGAGGAGUGAUUUACCAAUAGCCAUUCAAACAUUAUCUGGAAAUAUGCUUACAGGUAUAUCGAUACAUACACUUCCAUUAGAAAAAAACAUGAUUGGUGUUAGUGAUGCUAAUGGUUCAUUUAGGUUAUUUUUAGACCCUCCAAUAUUUAUGAUAGAAAAUCCUAGCUACAUUGGUAGAAUGGAGGCAACAAUAAUACGUGAAAUAAACGUUAUGGAAUCAUUUAUGAAAUGGCAAGAUCAAUGGAUGCAAAACAAUCCAGAAGUGUUAUUAGAAUUAAAAAGAAAGGAAGGAGAAUUAUUGGCCUUAAAAGAAGAAGAAAAAAAACGUAUAAGAGAAGCAGAACAAAAACGCCUGGAGGAAGAGGCUGAAGCAAAAAGGUUACAAAAAAUGAAAGUCAUUGGACCAGAAGAGAGGUGGCAAAUGAUAAUUCAGAAAUUGAUAGAAAGGACAAUAGCAGUAAAGAAAAGGAUAAAUAGAGCAGAACUAAUAGAACACGAAAAACCUCUUAAGGAGUUAGAAGCUCAGCGGUUAGAAAAGGAAAGAAGAAUGUUAGAAAUUAUGAAAAAUCAGAAGGCAAUAUUUAACGAUACUGUAGCCAUCCUAUUCCCAGAGGCAAUUAAGAAGGAAGAUAAGAUGAAAAAGAGUUAUUUUCCCGUGAGUAAGAAAUCACUGAAAGACUCGUAUCUCGAAGAAUAUGAGUCUGUAAAGAAUAGUUCUAUUACAACUGUGAGAGAUAAUGCUUUUAACGUAGUUUUUUCAUGGGAGUCUACCUUAGCGGACGGCAAGGAAAGAAGACAAGCUCUCAAUGCGUAUGAAGAUUUCAUCAAAGUGCAUAGAUGUAGGUUGGAGGAGGGUGAACAAGACUUUUUGAAUGAUACACCUAUUGUCAAAAGUAAAACUACGGCUGACAGUAAAUAUGAGGUUGAAAGCAAACAUGAGGUUGAAAGUAGACAUGAGGUUGGAAGCAAAUACGAAGUUGGAAGUAAACAUAUGGUUGGAAGUAAACAAGAGGUAAAAAGCAAGGAACACUUUGUAGAUACAAAAUAAGACAAGACAAGUCAUAUAAUUAUUAAAAAUAUAACAUUUAUUUAGAGAACAGUAAAGAUUUCUUGAGUUUUUUUCCAUAACUAUAAAAUAAUGCACCUCGUUGGAGCUACAUAUAAUUUUGUGGUUUAUUUGAUUUAAUGGAUUGAAUGACAUGAUUCAUUAAAAGAGAUAAAUACGAAUUCAAUUUUGGAUUUAGCAAAAAAAACAAAAAGGCUGAAUUAUAUGUCUGUCAAUCAAAUCAUAAAGUAUUCAAUCAGUGAAUUAAUACUUAGAAUAUCAAUAUAAACUAUUUGAA